AUUCUGCUCUUCUUCUCCUUUCUUCCCGCUGCAGCCACUCGAAAGAAAAAAAAAAGAGGAACCCAGCCAUGCCUUGGAAAAUUGGUGCGAAAGCUUGGUUUUCUCUUUCUUUUCUUGCUCUAGAACACACCUAGAACCCAGAAAUUCCCCCCACCCCUCUGCAGAAUCCGGAUCUGCUCUACUUUGCUCUGUCCUUCUGUCGGCUGCUCCUGCUUUGUGGGGGUGAUUUGCUCCGGUUUUGGUAGAUUUCCCUUGAAUUUCUCCUGCACUUGCCACCGGUUUCUUUUCCCUGCAGCUUCGGUUCCUUGCUUGCAAAUUCUGGUUAUUGAUCGUUCUGUCAGUUAGCACUGAGAUUGAGUGCUUGGUUUUAUGCGAGUAAGGUAAGUAAAUUUAUGGUAAUGCCUGUACUGUUUUUAAAAGCAUGUUUUGAUUUGUUUUUGAAGUUGUGGCAGGACUAAACCCGUUUUAUGCAAAAGUAAGUAUGACUGAUUUGAAGUGCAAUUUUUAUGCUUUUCAUUAAAUUGAGCAUGCCUACUUGAAAUUUAAGUGAUUGUCCUGAUGAUUUGAAAGUGAUUGGUGAAUUGUGAUUUUCCUGUUAACUUCUGCCUGUUUUGUCUUCGAUGUGGUCAUGUUAUUGUAACCCUGCUAGUGGGGGUUAAACGCUAGCACAUGUCGACACAUGUCGAUAUGUUAUUGAUGAUCUUGCUAGUGGGGGUUAAACGCUAGCACAUGUCGGCACAUGUCAAUAUGUUAUUGAUGAUCCUGCUAGUGGGGGUUAAACGCUAGCACAUGUCGGCGCAUGUCGAUAUGUUAUUGAUGAUCCUGCUAGUGGGGGUUAAACGCUAGCACAUGUCGAUAUGUUAGCGAUAGAACCGGUUCGCACAAGUGACCCUGCUAGUGGGGAUUAUACACUAAUAAAUUGUGUGCCUGCCAGUGGGAAGUUUAAUACACUGGCCAUGACCUAUAGAGGAGAUGUCCAUUUCGUUCCCGUAUUGUUUUCCUUGUCCACCAUUUCAGAAAGUGAAACCGAGGACGGGGAAAUCACGGGAAGUGACGAAUUUGAUCUUCAGAUUUUGAUGGUAUCAGAUUAUGAUAUGAUAAGUUCCGAGCCUUGUGCAUUUGUGGGACCCUCUUAUGAGUGCAUGGUGUCUGUCGCGCCUCGAAUUCGGGUUUUGGGGCGUGACUCCGGCUCAAAGUCUUGCAGUCGGUUCUCGAGGAAAACAGAAUGGCCUGCAAACCCGGAUAGCCGGCUCUGGAAGUGUAAGUCGGUUCUGAAGAACCGGCUCUAGGAAGUUAAGCCGGCUCUCCUGACAGUUCUGCAACUCGAGCCAUGCGUCCUGCAGAGCAUUUAAUGACCCCCAAUGGUUAGAAAUGACUACUUUCGAGCAAGGGGCUAUAAAUAUGGUUGGUAACAGAUAUGAACAAGUUUAGAGAGCAUUGUAUUGAAUAUCUUUACCUACCAAAUUGUGCUUUAACUUGAGAUUUUGAUCUUUGAGAGAUCUUUUUUUGUAAUUCUCUUCUUGUUCUAUUUGUGAGUGAUCUUGGGGGUGUGAUUAAUCCUUUAAGAGUGAUUUGUAGAGAGGAUUCGUGGGGUUUAAGUGUAAAGGGUUGAGAUUUGAGAGAAACACACAUCUUCUUGUAAAAGAAUUGAGUGGCUCCUUUAAGCCAUCCUUCUUGUUGUUAAUGGAGAGUGUGGAGGAAAUCCUUGGUGAGUGAAGCCAAGGUAAAGGACUAGGUUCCAAGUGGUUGGACCGAACCUCUAUAAAAUCAUUGAGCAAGC